UUUGAAAAAUAGUGGAUUAGAAAGGCACAAAGAACGUUCUGAGAGUCUGAGACGCAAACAAAAGAAAGUGAAAGGUGCUUGCAGCGUCGCGAGGUAGCGGCGGCAACUGAGUUGAAUCUCUACGAGUUCCGACGAGUUCACUCAUUCCUCGGGAAAAGGUUUUUGUUGUGGUUAACUUGCGGACUUGAUGGCGUCAAAGCUACGACAAUUGCAGUCCAAAGCGUGUCAAGCAACCCAAUUUGUAGCCAAGCAUGGAACUGCUUACCACAAGCAGUUGUUGGAAAACAACAGGCAGUACAUUCAGGAACCUGCUACAAUUGAGAAAUGCAAUGAACUGUCAAAGCAAUUGUUUUACACCCGCCUUGCUAGUAUUCCAGGUCGUUGUGAGGCCUUCCGGAAGGAACUUGAUUAUACCAAGAAUUUGUGGAAGAACAAGCAAGAUUUAAAGGUUGAAGAUGCGGGUAUUGCUGCUUUGUUUGGCCUGGAAUGCUUUGCAUGGUUUUGUACUGGUGAGAUUGUUGGCAGGGGAUUUACUUUCACCGGUUACUUCGUCUGACAAUAACCACUUGCAAGGGUAGGUUUUAGCAGAGCUAUAAACUCCUAAAAUCAGCCUCUCUGUCAUUUUAUACGCAGUGGAUUAUGGGCAUUCGGCAUGGCGACUUGCGUUAUUCAGAUUUUUUGUAUUUAUUUUUUUGAAAAAAAAAGGUUGAUAAACUAGUUGUUAACUAUGAUAUGCCUCAAUAACCCAUUGAAUUUGAAGCGGGAUAUACCUUGCUUUUGUUCUCU